CUGAAGAAAUAGGGCCUUUCCGCUUGCCGGCCCAGGCAGUCGACACCGGAGCCCCGCUAGACCUGGGACCUACCACUGAAUAAAUCCAGUCCAAGGUGCGGCGACUCACUGGCUUCAUGAAUGGAGUGGAUCUCUCUCUCUGAAGACUUUGUAGGAUACUGUUUGGGCUCUGGUUUUGGAUCCCUUUCGAAUCCCUCUGUUACUUCCAGCCAUGCAACCGAAGGGGUCGAAGCAGCCGCUGGGGUCUUCGCUGUCUCGCGAGGAGGGUGAAGCGCCCCCGCCUGCUCCGGCUUCUGAGGGUAGGCGGAGAAGUCGCCGGGUACGCCUUCGCGGAUCCUGCCGCCACAGACCUAGCUUUUUGGGCCGGCGGGAGCUUGCUACGAGCGCUCCAGCAGGGCCUGCGCCUGCAUCUUCUGAGAUAAUGGCAUCAGCCGCUAAGGAAUUUAAAAUGGACAACUUUUCACCUAAAGCUGGCACUAGCAAAUUACAACAGACGGUACCAGCUGAUGCAUCUCCUGAUUCUAAGUGUCCUAUAUGCUUGGAUAGAUUUGAUAAUGUGUCUUACUUAGAUCGCUGCUUACAUAAGUUCUGUUUUCGCUGUGUACAGGAGUGGUCAAAAAACAAAGCUGAAUGUCCACUAUGUAAACAGCCCUUUGAUUCUAUUUUCCAUUCUGUGAGGGCAGAAGAUGACUUCAAGGAGUAUGUGCUAAGGCCUUCCUAUAAUGGCUCUUUUGCUACCCCUGAUGGCCGACGAUUUCGCUACCGUACAACUAUGACAAGGGAACGAAAUGCUUCUGUUUAUUCACCUAGUAGUACCAUGAAUAGAAGAACAACAACUCCACCAGAUAGUGGAGUUCUCUUUGAAGGGUUAGGCAUUUCAACAAGAUCUAGAGAUGCUGAAAUUCCUCAGUUUAUGAGACAGGUUGCAAUAAGGAGGCCAACUACUACAGAUGAAAGAUCUUUGCGGAAAAUUCAAGAACAAGAUAUUAUUAAUUUUAGACGAACUCUCUAUCGUGCUGGUGCUCGAGUUAGAAAUAUUGAAGAUGGUGGCCGCUAUAGGGAUAUUUCAGCUGAAUUUUUCCGUAGAAAUCCAGCUUGCCUUCACAGAUUAGUCCCCUGGUUAAAACGUGAACUUACAGUUCUUUUUGGAGCUCAUGGAUCUUUAGUGAAUAUCGUCCAGCACAUCAUCAUGAGUAAUGUUACUCGCUAUGAUUUGGAGAGCCAGGCAUUUGUGUCUGAUUUAAGACCAUUUUUACUUAAUCGAACUGAACAUUUUAUACAUGAAUUUAUCAGUUUUGCUCGAUCUCCUUUUAACAUGGCAGCGUUUGACCAACAUGCUAAUUAUGAUUGCCCUGCUCCUUCAUAUGAGGAAGGCAGCCAUUCUGAUUCUUCAGUCAUAACAAUAUCUCCAGAUGAGGCUGAGACCCAAGAGCUAGAUAUUAAUGUAGCCACUGUUAGUCAGGCACCAUGGGAUGAUGAAACACCGGGACCGUCUUACUCAAGCUCAGAGCAGGUACAUGUUGCUAUGUCUUCCCUUUUAAAUACUUCUGAUAGUUCAGAUGAAGAACUGGUCACAGAGGGAGCCACGUCUCAGAUACAAGGAGUACAAACCAAUGAGGACUUAAAUAAUGACAGUGAUUCUUCUUCAGAUAAUUGUGUAAUUGUUGGGUUUGUUAAACCACUAGCUGAGAGGACCCCAGAACUUGUUGAACUGUCCUCUGAUUCUGAGGAGUUAGGUACUUAUGAGAAAAUGGAGACAGUGAAGACACAAGAACAAGACCAGUCUUAUAGCUCUGGUGAUAGUGAUGUUAGUAGAUGUUCAUCUCCACGCUCUGUCCUUGGAAAAGGUGAGCAAAUAAAUAAAGGUCAUUGUGAUGCUGGCACAAGAAUCAAAUCCAAGAAGGAAAAGAAACGAUCUACAUCAUUGUCAUCUCCCAGAGACCUGAGCUCAUCUUUGAGAGGAGACAGAGUAUAUUCACCAUACAACUAUAGACACAGGAAGAGGGGAAGGUCAAGAAGUUCAGAUUCACGUUCCCAGAGUAGAAGUGGGUAUGAUAAGAAUCAUAGAAAGCAUCAUGGUAAGAAAAGAAUGAAAAGCAAAAGAUCCAGAAGCAGGGAAAGUAGACCUAGAGGGAGAAGAGACAAAAAGAGAUCAAGAACUAGAGAUAGCAGUUGGUCAAGAAGAAGCCAAACUCUAUCUCUAAGUAGUGAAAGCACAAGCAGAUCAAGGUCUCGUAGUAGUGAUCAUGGUAAAAGAAGAUCACGGAGCAGAAAUAGAGAUCGUUAUUAUUUAAGAAAUAAUUAUGGAAGCAGAUACAAGUGGGAGUAUACUUAUUAUAGUAGAAACAAGGACAGGGAUGGGUACGAAUCAUCUUACAGGAGGAGGACUCUGUCCAGAGCUCAUUAUUCCAGACAAUCUUCAAGUCCAGAAUUUAGAAUUCAGUCCUUUUCUGAAAGAACAAAUGCUAGGAAAAAAACCAACCACAGCGAAAGGAAAUACUACUACUAUGAAAGGCAUAGAUCAAGGAGCCUGUCUAGUAACAGAUCAAGGACUGCAUCUACAGGACCUGAGCGGGUGAGAAAUGAAAAACCUGGAGGGAAACGAAAAUACAAAACACGGCAUUUGGAGGGUACUAACGAAGUGGCUCAACCAUCUCAUGAAUUUGCUUCUAAAGUAAAGGAUGGUCAUUACCAAAAAUAUUCCUCAAAAUUGGAUGGAAACUACAAAAAUGAGAGUGACAGCUUUUCAGACAGCCGAUCAUCAGAUAGAGAGACAAAACACAAGAGGAGAAAAAGGGCCCGGAGCCUGAGUGUAGAGAUAGUUUAUGAAGGAAAAGCUACUGAUACAACCAGACAUCAUAAAAAGAAAAAGAAGAAACACAGGAGGAAGCAUAAGAAACACCAUGGAGACAAUACUUCGCGUUCUCCAGUUGUAAUUACCAUUGACAGUGAUAGUGAUAAGGAUUCUGAAAUAAAAGAUACAGAAUGUGACAAUAAUGGGCCUCAAGACCGUCUACAAAAUGAGUUUUUGGCUCCUUCCUUGGAACCAUUUGAAACUAAAGAUGUAGUUACAAUAGAAGAUGAAUUUGGUGUCCUGGACAAGGAGUGUGAUGUUACCACACUUACUGACAACUUGAAUAAUGCCAACAAAACUGUAGAUAAUAUUCCACCCCCAGCAGCUUCAGGUGAACAAACUCUUGAUGUAAGAAAAGAGAGCACCUUUGCCUCUGAUUUGGAGAGCCAGGCCAGUAAUGUUGUCUCUAUUCAAACUGAGCCAUCAAGGCAAUUGCCAUCUCCACGGACAUCGUUAAUGUCAGUGUCUCUUGGUAGAGACUGAUGUCUUAAAACUGCCAAAGCAACUCGUUGAGAAUUCUGUUGGUAUACAAAGGAAAAAAAGGAACAAUGUCGUCUACUUCAGUCUAUUUAAAGAUGACUUUUGGUGAAAACUCUUUUCCCCUUUAAGUGAUUUUUUUUGUGUGUUACUUUGUAAAAAUCAUUAUUUGUUCGAAAAGUAUGUAUGUCCCACCCUCAGAGAUAUGCACUUUUAAGUGAAGAAAAUGAUAUUGCUAGUAGUUUAUUUAAAACUUGGGAUCCUUUUUAAAUAAAAAAAAUAUAAAUUUUAGAAGUUAUUUCAUAAAGCCAUAUGGUAUUGACAUAUUUUUAAGGUAAUGAGUAUUUUUGAAUUUUUUUUUUUGAGAGUUAUUUUGGAAAUGUGUUAUAAGCUAGGAGAAUCCCUUUGGACAGUCUUUAUUUUUCUUCUUAAAAAUUUGUAUGAGUCAAAACCAUUUCUUCAGGUUAAACUGAGGCAUUUUAAUCUGCACAGUUUAUCUUGACUUCCGCCAAAAGGAAAAUUUACUAUUUCCUUUAUAUACUUGUUUAUCUGGACUGCCAGUAAAACAAAUGUGUAUUCAAUGAAAGACAAAAUAAAACAGUAACACUUUAAAAUAAGAAUCAGAAAUUUUCCUAUGCAGCAUUGGUUUAAAAAAGAAGAUUUUAGUAGAGCCAGAAUCUUGAAAAUAGCUAAGGGUAUAAUUUUAUUAUAAAUACUAAAUUUCAGGUUAUCUGCAUUUACAAAUACUUCACAGUUUUCAUGAUUAUUUUAGUUAGUUAAUCUGAUUUUGAGGAACAUCUUAUUUGCUUCUGUCUUAAGCAAAAUGCUAUUAAGUAGCAUUUAUUUUACUAAAAACACAAAAUACCCUUGCCAU